GUCAACAUUCAUACGAAAAUCUUUAGCUAGCUAUCAACCCUCGACCACUGGUUCUAUCAGUAAGGUUAGUUAAUAGUUACUUGUUAAAAAUGUAUGUUUUCCCCUAGCGAUUUAGCUUGCACACUAAAGGAAACGAUGUGGGUCAUUUUCAAAUGAGCUGAAAACGUGCAGAAUCGUAUUGAGAUAGUAGUAGUCUAAGUCCCGAUUGGAGAAGGGCUCUUCCAGUGGAGCAGCCUGGAGUGAGUGACCAACCAUGGGCCGUCUGGACGAUGCUGCCAAGUGCAAGGUGGUGGAGCUGCGGCAGGCGGGUCUGAGCUUCCGCAAGAUCAAGGCGGUGCUGGAGCUGGAGAACAUCCGGGUGUCUGCCCAGGCCAUUUACCUGUACCUCAAGGAGUUCCAGAGGAAGAAGGUUCAGAGGGGUGGUGAAAGUGCUGCAGCCACAGACCCACAGACCACACCUGGGGUUGGAGCAGGGAGGGGAGAUGGUGGAAGCCGGGAGGGCUGGAACGACCAGCAAAUAAGGAAUCUACUGAGGGAGGCGUCACGCCACGCAGGCUAUGUUGCAGCGUCAGAGUUCGCCAAGCAGUGUCCUGGCUCCAAUCCUCCUGAGGUCAGGGGUCAGGGGCCGUCUGGGACAGGAAGCGAAGGCGCCAGCAGAGGACAGAGCAACAGGACAGAGAAACCGGAGGAAGGGAACAAGAAGGAGGAUGAGGAUAAGGACAUCCAGAUUGUCAGUGUCACAUCAUUGGCUCAGAACUCUCAACAGAGGGGUCUUCCACCCGCAGGAGCAGCGGCUGUGACUGUGACAGGCGCCUACAUGCGUAAGAGAGCCACGCCCUCGCCAGCUACUAACCCCAUACUGGCAGCACGCAAAAGGCUUCUGGAUAAGGCUUUGUCUCAUAGAGCAAAGAUAAGAGACUCUUCUUAUCAGUCCUACCAGCAAGUAGCAGCUCUGCUGAGAAGAGAACAGUCUAAUGCUUCUGGUUCUGAUGUACAGAGACCUGUGGCAGCAGAUCAACCACAGUCCUAUGACCCAGUCACUCAGAGGCUUACUCAAGUGAGAAACAGAAAAGAAAAAUCAACCAAGAAAAAUAGAAGAAAAAAAAAAAUCGACAAGUGAUAUAUGCUUUUGUCUCCCCCUUUUGACACCCAUAAGGGUGUCACUUUGCAAAAACAGGAUAAAACGUUAUUGUUUAUUGACAUGUAAGAUAUAGGAUAAAACGUUGGUCAUGGAAAACAGAGUAAAGCAGAGCAAAGCAUUAUUAUAAACCAUCUGGUCUUCUCAGCUACUCCUAUCCUGUACCAGGUGGGCUCCUUGCCACCCCGGGACUCUAAACCUUCACAUAAGAGAGGACAAGUUAUAUCGUACACGUUAUGUAUUUAAGAAGUUAUCAUUCCACAACCUCACCCACAGCAAACCAGGGGUCAUCCUCAGUCAGCCCCAUCCUCCCCUGAAAGCUUGAUUCAGUAUCAGCAUCUCCAACUGGAGCAUCAAGCAAAGGCAUCAUGCCUGAAGCCUUCACCACAUCUGUAACAGACUUCUUAAAACACGGUAUGAUGCAAGCAGCACAACACAUCAAUAACAAAAAUACAAGAAUUAGGGUCAGAAAUCCAGUAACCACCAUACUAAGUGUACUUACCAAACCAGGCUCCCAACCAAGAGAACAGUCCAGACUCCUCCACCCCCGCCAUGGUCCUCAUCUCAGCAGAUAGUGCAUCAAGCCCACUAAGGGCCUUAGAUAUACUACCAUCUGGACUGGUGUUAUUAGGAAUAUACGUGCAACAUUGUUCACCGAACAUCUUACAGACACCCCCCUGACUGGCAAGAAGCAUAUCCAAAGCAAGUCUAUUCUGUCUGGCAACCCUAGAUGUGGCCUCAAGCUGUUCAGACAUACCAGUGAGUGCAUCACGGGGGUAAUUCACAAAACGCUGUUGAUCAUAGUAGAUGUAAUUAAUCCAUGCAGUCUGUCUAGCAUCCACUAUGGCUGGACCCAUAAUAGGUAGUAAGUGUCAGAGUCCAUCAUUCCUACCCAAGGCCUGAAACUCAUGAGGAACCCCCACUGGCACUCCCAACAGGUUAGUGUGUAUGUCAACUACAUCCUCUGUCCAUGGAGCACUACGUCUAUGUCUCCCAUGGGAUGGAAUGUUUUCACGUCCCCUGGAUACAGAACCCAACAGCUGUUCAGAAGUAACAUCAACAAUGGUCAGUGGAAUUAUCAAACUGGUCAGAGCACACGUACCUUGCCAGUCUCCUCUAAGAAUGGGUCUCAGUACUCUUUUGGGUCCACAUAUCCACCACACAUCAGCCAGACCACUAGUUUGGUUUAGGCCUGUAACUGGCCAAGUGGAAUUAAUGGUUAUGUUACUACUGCAAUCAGCUUCAGGCAAUCUCCCAUAAUCGAUGCCAUUACCUGUACCCGUGAUGUAACUGUAAUUGCCCCCAUAUGCCUUAACACCCCAAGGGGCCCGAUGAGGAGGCACUGUAGGAAACACAAGGCUCAAAGAGGAACAGAGAGUUGAAUUGGGCUGAACCUGGUAAAAACCUCUCAGAAUACACAACCACCCCUCUCCUUCUCCUAUAGCAAAUGGGUGUGUAGCCAGAACAGGUCUAGCAUGACCAAUGUUUCAUGUAACUCAUGCAGUCCUUUCUUUUCAGGGUCUUAGCUGUAUACCUCAUAUAAGACAGCCACAAAUUGUCCCUACCAUCAAAACCAGUCUCAGUGCCUAAUUGAUCAAUAGCUGAAUAGUCUCUAACAUUAAUUACCUGAAUGGGAUUUUUAACACAGUGGUGGCAGGUUCGGUCCAGGGGUGGUAGAGGAGUGUGUCUGGCCUUGGUUCGUCUGGGACCUCUGUGGUUUUGGCAGUACCUUAAUAGAAAACACACCCAUCGUGUCUGUCCCGGUCCUUUGUAGUCCGAGGGUGUAAGUGCCUGCAUCAGAGAGCUUAAUAGUUUUGAUGGUUAGUAGGAUUUCAUCACCUUUACAGAGUUCAACAGUGCUCCCAGGUUUCCCCCAUAUCAUGGAAAACCUAUCCACAUUUGUGGGAUCCCCUAUGCUAUAAGGAUACCCUCUUCUCCAAUCCCAGAACUGUCCCAAGUUGGUUAUCAUGUAAUCCCCAUACGGACACCCUCCCCCAUUACACAGGUACACUGGCACCCUCCUAUACACAGGUGUUAAAACCAAACACAAAUAUCUCAAUUUCUUCCCUGCCCUGUUGGCUCAAAAUAUGUCCCAAAUACUUAACAUGAGUCUACCACAAUUAAAACUUAUCCUAGCUAAUUUUCACACCUCAUUCAUCAGAGAAGAUAUGACACUAUAAUGUACAUUUCACUGCCUUUUUAUAUUAAAAGCCCUUAAUAUCAGUAUUACAAAUGACCCUAGAUUCUCCAUCCAAAUGGCUUUCCAAUGAGGCUGAUCAGACCACAAAGGAAAGUUACAAUGGAGUUCAUAAGUCAUACCACCCCUCCAAAGAAGUGUUUCUUACUAUAUUAAACAU